AAUCACACCACAACACACACAACCAACCCAUCCAAACGCGACGAGGUAGGGGCAUUGACUUUAGCCAUGUCAGGACUCAGUCGCAUGCGCUUACAAGAAGAGCGCAAACAAUGGCGAAAAGAACAUCCCUACGGCUUCUUUGCCAAACCUGCAAAACUCGGUGAUGGCAGUAUGAAUCUCAUGGAAUGGCAAGUGGGUAUCCCUGGAAAAGCUGGAACACCCUGGGAAAAUGGAUUGUAUAAGCUCACGCUGAGCUUUCCAGAGGAGUAUCCUGCAAAACCACCAAAGUGCAAGUUCACACCACCUCUCUUUCACCCAAAUGUCUAUCCAUCCGGCACAGUCUGCCUCAGUAUCUUGAAUGAAGAUGAAGCUUGGCGUCCUACCAUCACAGUGAAGCAAAUCUUACUCGGUAUCCAAGACCUCCUCAAUGACCCCAACCCAAAAUCACCAGCUCAAGCGGAAGCGUACCAUUUGUUUCAAAAUGACAAGGUUGCAUAUGCAAAACGAUGCCGACAGUCGGCGCGGGAGAAUCCGCCUUAAACAGUCAGGCACAGAAGGAAGGCAAAGACGUCUUUCACAAGUAUUAGGAGAUUUUUUGUAAAUUCAUCACGUCUACACUUC